UUUAAUAAGGAAAUAUAGAAUAAAGCAUAAAUGAAGAAAACUAAGGUGAGCGCAGAUUUUAAGGGGUUUAAAGAGGUCUUGGAGUUGUAGAGUGAUGAGGGUAGGGAAUAAGACUGGCCUAAGCUGAUUUAGAAGAAAUGACGCAUCAAGUUUUGGAAAAAUAGAGAUAUCGGCAGAAGGACUGGAAGUGUCUGAAAUUUUAAAUUUCCAAUUACUAAAACUUAUCAGGCCAACACAAUGCAUCGUAGGGUUUUCAGUCCUGCAGGUAUCAGCAAUUAUAACAUCAGUAAGAUAUUUUAAGUAGAUUUAUAUCCUAUUUUCUGUGGGUAAUUCUCAAGCCAAUAGAAGCCAAACUUAGAUCAAAUAAUAAUGCAUUUAACACUUUCUGAACUGUCAAUGAUAAUCUUUUACCUCAAUACCAUCUACCACAUUUUUCCACUACCAGCAAUGUAAGCUUACUCAAAUACCCAAAAUCUUUCUUCAGCCUCUGUGCCUAACCCCAAAAAUCCCAGAUUUCCUUUGAACAACACUAGAGUUUUCUACACAAAAUAUAGAAUAAGCAGCGUGAGACCCCAAAGCAUUAUUCAAGUUACUCGAAGAACCAUGACCUCCUGUUUGACCUAGGCGAACAUAGAGGGAUAUAUGUAGGCUCCAAGUCUAUCAAGGCCAAUAAAGCAAGGGACAUUGAGACAGCUCAAGGCCAGAAAAUAUGGGAAAAUAGCAAUAAGAUACCUCAUAAUUGUAUGCUGAGAAAAAGUUCUAUGUGUAAAACAUCCAAAAUGACUAGAAAAGUCUGAAAUUCUCCGUUAUUGCCUGGAACUGAGUCUAUUAGUCCUAAGAAGGAUGAAACUCCAGCUAAAUUAUUUGUGAAAACUCACAGUUCGUCAGCAAUGGUCAAAUCUCCACUAAAAGCUUGUAAUAGUAUUCAAAAGAUGCUUGACUACUUCAAUUCACAAGGCAUUAGCCAUGGAAUUAGAUCCUCCGAAAUCAGAACUAGGGAUAUUUAACGUAGCUGAUUUUAUCAGCUAUCUGGCUGAAAAGAGUAACCAUAAGCCCAACUCUGUUGAAAGGAAAAUGAAUAAUGAGCUCGAAGAUAUGGGCCUCAAAAUUAAGAAAAUAAAUCUAGAAAAUCCUUGACAACUAGAACAGUUUGAGAAUGUAGCUAAAGUUAAAUAAAAAUAAUAACCAUACGUUUCUGAAUAAGACAGACUAUAAUAAAAUUUUCCCUUGAAAUAAGACAAAUUUUUGGAAAAAGAGACAUAGAAACCCUAGCGUUCAGGAGUUAUUAAAGAGGCAAAGGAGUAACUCAAAAUCACCUGUGAAGCCCAAAGUAGUGGCAUAUCCCUUCGCCCAUAUCAAAAAGAAGGGAUUUACGAAAUAAGAAUUGACAUAUUUUCAAUAAGGCAA